UUGGUCGGGAAUUCAGAAGAGGAUGAAAGUGAUGUGGGGAACGGAAUAGAUGUUGACAAGCACUACACAUUCUCCGGCCACAACCCAAAUUUAAUUCUCACUUCCUCUUUAUCUCAACCCCAAAAUCUCCAAUCCCAAACUCGCAACCUCAAUUCUCCGCUACUUGAAGUCAUGCCCACCACCUGUUCGACAUAUUGACCAUGCAUUUCCACCUCCUCAAAAUCCUCACCCGCCGCUAUUCCCGCAACCUAUUUCCCAACAAGCUCUCCCACUACCUCCACCGCGCCAACCUCAUCGACUCCAUCCGUCUCAAGCUCCGUACCAAUACCCCAAACUCCCUCACUCCUUUAGUAAACGACACCCACCUCCUCGACUCCUUCGUAGUCACGCAAGCCCUCCGCUCCGCUCCCUCAGCCGACUCUGCCCUCUUGCUCAAUAAAGUCCUCGAAUCGAAUCCUGGUUUCGUGCACACCCAGAACACGGUUCAUGCGUUGGCAACUGUUCUGGCCAAGUCAGGCCGUGCCGGGGAGCUUAACUACCUUAUUGAAGCUGUCCAUGCCGGGAGGUUUCGCAACGUUCGGCUGAGUUUCAUGAACAUUAUGAGCUGGCAAGCUGCUGUUGGGGACCUGGAGGCGGUUCUUCGGACGUGGGAGGAGUAUAGAAGUGUGGAGAAGCGUGUGUGCGCUGAGUCUUAUAAUGUUGUUAUGAGGGUUUAUGCGGAGUUGGGGAAGGAUUGUGAGGCGGUGCAGGUUUUUUAUAGGAUGGUUGCGGAAGGAGCGCUUCCGAAUUGCAGGACUUAUACGGUUAUGAUUAAGCAUAUGGUGAAGUGUGGGAAGCUGGAGGCUGCGAUGGAGGUGUUCAAGGUGUUGCCUUUUAUGAGGGUGAAGCGGAGUUUGAGGCAGUAUCAGGUUUUGGUGGAGGCGUGCGUUGGAGAGAAGCAGUUUGAGGGGGUUAAGGCUUUACUUGAGGAAAUGCGAGUUGAUGGAAUGUUGCCUGGCCGAGCUAUGCAUUUGUCGUUGAAACGAAUGCAAGAGGCGGGGUUUAUUGAGGAGAGUGACGAGUUUUUGAGGGAAAUGUUGCCUAAUGAGGGAAUCAAGAGUAUAGGGUAUUGUGAUGAUUGUGGUGAUGAUGAUGAUGAUGAUGAUGAUGAGGAGAGGGAUGAGGAGGAGGAUGCUGACGAUGAUGAUGAUCGUGCUGGGAAGGGUAAAGAGGGUAUUGGGGUUCAGUUAAAACCUUGGUUAGACCCAAGAUCACUGACAAAUGCAUUACAAAGUUGGAGCCCCAAUGAGGUAUCAACAUUAGAGGAGGCAAAUUUUGUGUGGACUACGCGGUUAGUAUGCAAGAUUCUUAGGAAUUUUAAAUCAGCUGAAACAGCUUGGAAGUUUUUCUGUUGGGUUGCUUGUCAGCCAGGUUUUACCCAUGAUAUUUACACAGUUCAAAGGAUGAUGACCCUUUUAGCACGCCAUGGAUAUGCUGCAUUGGUUGAUAAACUUUUGUCCAAAGUAAGGAUGGAGCAAAUGAGAUUGCCGUUUUCAACAAUCAGGCUGAUCAUUGACUUCUAUGGUCUCUCGAAGAAUGCUGACGCUGCUCUGAAGGUCUUUGACAAUGGUAGAAACCUGUGUGGCCCUAUAUCAGAUUUCAAUCUGAUGCUUCUGUACUCGUCUCUUUUACGAACAUUGACCAAAUGCGGGAGGGAUUCAGAUGUAAUGGAUGUACUUGAAGAGAUGAUCUUGAGUGGGAUUUGUCCUGAUAUUCAGACAUUUUCUGGGUUGAUGCAUCAUUUUGCACAAAAUGGUGACAUCAAAACUGUGCAGAAACUAUUUGCAAUGGUUAGGCAGAGUGGUGUCCAGCCAGAUGCUUAUAUAUUUAAAGUGCUAAUUCAAGCAUAUUGCAAGUGUGAGAGAGCUGCUCUUGCAUAUAGAGCUUUCGAAGACUUGAGGAAUUUGAAUUUGCUGCCGAACCCUGCCACAAAAGAGUUGCUUGUGAAGAGUCUUUGGAAGGAAGGCAAGCGGAGAGAGGCUGCCGCUGUAGAAGAGAGUUGUGAAGAAACAAAUGAUGUUCUUCCACUCACUUUGCGUGGUCACAUAUGGAUGGUGAGCUCUACUGAUCUCUCAAAGGUUUUUUCUAUCUACUCUAGUAGCUUUAUAUCAGCUGAUGAAUAGAAUUUUAGAUUAAUAUUAAAAUGGAGCAAUGAUACACUUUGUAGCCAAAUGUCUAGAAGUUAGAGCAGUAGUUUUGGAAGAUGAUGUUUGAUCUUGGAUAUUCUGUAAUGUACUGGCAUUUCCCCCUUCAUGGUGGACUAAAUUGAAACCAAGUCUAAUUUGUUUUUCUGGAUUAAUCGAGUUUCAUGUGUUUCCAUAACUUUUGAUAGAGAGGGCUCGCUUGGUUAUAUGUUACUAUUCCCUAUCCUAUAGUCACUCUGGUAGUUUAUUUUCUUUGUAAUUGCCUGAAUAUUUGCUUGUAUUUUUAAUGCCUCUAUAGAAUUAUAGCUAUUGCAGUUAUCUAUUAUGGUUGGCCUCUACUGCAGUUCUGUGGAUAUUAUUAUUCAAUGAGUGUCCUGAUUGCGCUUUUGUUUGUCAUAUCCAUUUGUAU